UGAUCAAAAAUUAAAGUUCAGAGAACAUAUCAACAAGGCAAUGAAUAGGGCAAAAGGUCAACUAGCCAGCUUGCACCGCACCUUUGGAACACUGAACAGCGACAACAAUGACAGAGUCACAAAAAUAAGAACACUCAUUUAUAAGAAACUCAUACAGCCAACAUUAACAUACGGACAAGUAGCAUGGUUCAGCAUACAAUCAAAACAAAUGGAAAUGCUCAGGCUCUAUGAGAGACGCAUCCUUAGGCGUGCCAUUGGUGCCCCUGCCAGAAAACCAGACACAUGUAAAUACAUUAAUAAUAAAAAACUCUAUAGAUUAGCAAACGUAAAUAGGUUAGACACAAUUACAUUUAAAAUAAUACAAAAAUUUAUAGACAAGAAUGGUAACAGUACAAAUCCCUUGAUCUCGGAGAGUAUAAGUCCGCUUAGGUUAUCAGACUUUCAAACUAAUGAACUGCUAAUGAUAAGGCACAUUAACCAUCUGAAAGAAUUAGGUAUAGUAUAUGAUGACGAAAACAAUCUCAUAUUUUAUCAUAAGAAAAACUGUAAUCUCAAUCCAAAGGAUCUAGUCUUUAAUAAAAAUCAGUAAAAAUAAGAAUAUGAAUACCCAAAAACCCCUAACUCCCAUUGUACAUAAACCCACCCUUCUCCCACCAUCACCCACAUCCUCGUUAAUUAAUUAAUUAUUAAGUAGUUAUCAGUUAUAUAGUUAUAGUACUAGUCUUAAGAACAAACACAAAACACAACCCAAUGAAAAUGAGGUUUUUACUCUAAAAGAGUUUUCCUCAAACUAUGAUCUAAGCAUCAUCAUUAAUAGUACCAUCAAAACAUAAUCAAAGUACAAAAUAAACAUAUCAAACAAAAACACAACCAUAAGUUAAGCCUGGAGAAGCAUAAAGCACAAGGCAGCAUAUACCCAUACUAAUAUUAAUGUCUCUGGAUUUGUCAACCAUUGUUCAUAUAUAAAAUAAGGUAAAUAAUGUUAAUAUUACCCAACAACUUACUGACCAAUAAACAAAUUUCGUUUCGUUUGCGUUCGCAACUAAAAAGUGUAAUUUUGUAAAGAAUAAUGUCUGAUUCCGCAGUUGCAACAUCCGCGUCUCCAGUGGCUGCUCCACCAGUAGCAGCGGAGAAGAAGAAGGUGGCCUCUAAAAAGGCGUCUGGAUCCGCUGCGGCUACUGCAAAGGCAAAGAAGCCCACAGCUCCACCAUCGCAUCCCCCAACUCAGCAAAUGGUUGACGCUUCUAUUAAGAGCUUGAAGGAACGUGGCGGCUCAUCGCUCCUGGCCAUCAAGAAAUAUAUUACUGCCGAAUACAAAUGCGAUGCCCAGAAACUAGCUCCAUUUAUCAAGAAGUACUUGAAGUCGGCCGUUGCCAAUGGAAAGCUGAUCCAAACAAAGGGAAAAGGUGCCUCUGGUUCGUUCAAACUGUCGGCUUCCGCCAAAAAGGAGCCCAAGCCAAAGGUUGCGUCGUCUGUGGAGAAGAAAGUGAAAGCCAAGAAGGUGGUGUCAUCGGCAGCAGCAAAGAAGACAGCAGGCCCCAAAAAGGCAGCCGGAGCCGGUGACAAGAAGCUAAAGGCAAAGAAGACAGUCGCCACCGCCACCAAGAAGACCGCCGAGAAGAAGAAAACUGAGAAGGCAAAGGCCAAGGAUGUGAAGAAAGCUGGAACCGUGAAGGCGAAGCCAGCAGCGGCAAAGGCCAAGUCGAGCCCUGCAAAGCCAAAACCAAAAGCAAAGGCUGUAGCUGCAGCUGCGCGUCUGCCAAGCCCAAGAAGGUGACGAAAAAGCCAGUUGCUCCCGCCACCGUAAAGAAGCCGAAAGCAAAGACGACGGCGGCCAAGAAGUAAAUUGCGAAUUUGUACACGU